UCAACUCCUCCAUUUUUCCUCACUUUUCUUCUUCUCCUCCUCUUUUUUCCCUAUCUGAUAGGGUUUCAGCCAUCUCCGCGCUUCCGUUUCUCUCAUGCAUUCGCAAUCUCAGGCUGAUUUCGCUGCCGUCUUCUGCUUCAUCGUCGUCGCCUCUCUCUUUUUUGCUCUCUUUCGAGGGUUUUUGGGUGCAAAUCCGUGCAGAUUCCACCUCCCGGGGUUUUCUAAGCUGUACUCAUGUCGAAGCUCUUCGCCUAUUCCGGCAGUGAAGAUUUUUGCCCCGGUGGUUCAAUAUACCCAAGUUCCAAAGACUCAAGUUUAUUCUUGUCCCUUCCUCACCAUGUCGAUGUCUAUUUUCCCCCUCGCAAGAGAUCUCGCAUCACUGCUCCAUUUGUGUUUGGUGGAGAAGGGGUUGAAUCAAAGGCAAAUGUUUCUAUCGAAGUUCUUCCAGAUGAGUGCCUAUUUGAGAUUUUCAGACGAUUGCCUGGCGGCAAAGAAAGGAGUGCCUGCGCAGGUGUUUCUAAAAAAUGGCUUAUGCUUUUGAGCAAUAUAUCCUGCCAUGAAUUGAAAUCUGGGGACGAGGUGGCCUCAAAAGAGGUUGAAGACAUGGAAAUUGAGAGUGAUGGAUAUCUGUCCAGGAGCUUGGAAGGGAAGAAGGCAACAGAUCUGAGACUUGCUGCCAUUUCUGUUGGAACUGCAAGUCGAGGGGGUUUGGGCAAGCUUGUGAUCCGUGGAAAUAAUCAUGCCAGCAAGGUGACAGACCUUGGACUCAGGGCAGUUGCUCGUGGGUGUCAAUCUCUGAGGGCACUAUCUUUGUGGAAUCUUUCUUCCAUAGGAGAUGAAGGACUAUGUGAGAUUGCCAGUGUGUCUCACCAGUUAGAGAAGCUUGAUCUCUGUAGGUGUCCUGCUAUAUCUGACAAGGCUGUGAUUGCGAUCGCAAGGAACUGCCCCAAGCUGACUGAUAUUACAAUAGAAUCUUGUGCAAAAAUCGGAAAUGAAAGUCUUCGAGCUAUUGGGCAGUGCUGCCCCAAGCUGAAGUCUAUUGUGAUUAAAGAUUGCCCACUUGUUGGAGAUCAAGGAAUUGCAAGUUUGCUGUCUUUGAACACUUGUGCCCUGAACAAGGUGAAGCUUCAGGCUUUGAACAUUUCUGAUGUGUCCCUUGCUGUUAUUGGGCACUAUGGCAAAUCAGUUACUGACCUUGUCCUCUCGGAUCUUAAAAAUGUUAGUGAGAAAGGGUUCUGGGUCAUGGGCAAUGGUCAUGGGCUACAAAAGUUGAAGUCGUUUACAAUUUCAUCCUGCAAUGGAGUGACAGACAUGGGACUUGAAUCUGUCGGAAAGGGUAGCCCAAAUUUGAAGCAUUUCUGUCUGCGGAAAUGUUCAUUUUUAUCUGACAGUGGCCUGGUCUCUUUUGCGAAAGCUGCAAGGUCCCUUGAGAACUUGCAAUUGGAGGAGUGCCACAGAAUCACUCAAUUUGGGUUCUUCGGUGUCCUUUUGAACUGCAGUACAAGUUUGAAGGCUCUUUCUCUCGUAAGCUGCUUGGGAAUUAAGGACAUGAGCUCAGAGUCGCCUAUCCCAUCCUCCAGUGGAUCCUCCUUGCGGUCGUUGACCAUCCGCAACUGCCAUGGUUUUGGCAACAAAAACCUUGCUUCACUUGGCAAGCUGUGCCCUCAGCUGCAGCAUGUGGAUUUCAGUGGACUUGUUGGAAUUGACGAUUGUGGGUUUCUAGCUUGGCUUCAGAACUGUCAGUCAGGUUUGGUUAAGCUCAAUAUCAGUGGUUGUGUCAAUCUGACUGACAAGGCGGUUUCAUCUAUUAUUGAGCACCAUGGCUGGACACUCGAAUUGCUUAAUCUCGAUGGUUGCAGGAAGAUCACUGAUGCUAGCUUGGUUUCCAUUGCAAACAAUUGCCCAUUACUAAGUGAUCUUGAUAUCUCGAAAUGCUCGAUCAUGGAUUCAGGGAUCGCAGCUCUAGCUCAUGCCAAGCAGCUGAGUCUGCAGAUUUUCUCAGUUUCUGGGUGCUCACUCGUAUCAGAUAAAAGCUUGGAAAACUUAAUAAAAUUGGGUGAGACUCUCAUGGGUCUGAACAUCCAGCACUGUAAUUCAAUCAGUAGCAGCACUGUUGAUCUGCUUGUGGAGCAGCUCUGGAGGUGUGACAUUCUCUCAUAAAUCAACGACAUACCGAUACAACAGAACCUAGUCGAAGAAUUCAUACUGUAACUUGACGCGAAUGUCCGUAACUCUAGCCAGCUGUUUUGAGCAGGGGACCAGCACAUAAAGUUUAGGGGUAUAAUCACCAAGUAUCAUCCCAGUCCAUGCAGCAUUCUGGUUCUCUUUUUCCUGGGUAUAUGGCCAUCUCCCUCUCAUUUUUUUUGCAGAUCCUGGAGGAUCUGUUCCCUAGUAGAGGGAUGUGUAACUCUUUCAAUGGCCAGUUUUCCCCAAGAACAUUAGAACCCGCAUCUUCAUCGCGGGGAAUCGACGCCUGGAUUUGCCCCAUUCCUCAAAGAUGCCACGUCUUAUAGGUCCAUGCUUUUCCAUUUUGCUUCCUGAUUGUCCCUUUUUAUUAGUCAAGUUUUAGAGUUCAACUAUGUUUCAUCAAGGGGUAGGUUAAAAAGUGGUCCAUGGGUCAUUGGUGUGGUUGCUUUGGACAGUUCAAAAACUUAGGUGCCCUUGUCUUCUCCAUGGGCUUUGGCCACCACAACCCUUGUGGGUUGUUUUUUGCCAAGCCCUUAGUGUUUGAGGUGCCUCUUUUUUUUUUUUUUCCAUUUGGAGAACUGUGCAUGCAACCUCCUCCUCUCGUCAUCCUCCCCUUUGUGUUGUAUGUUUUGCUUCUUAUGUAAUAACUUUUUUAAAUUUGAAGACUAGAGAAAGAAGUUUGUCCGUUAUUGUAUCCUGGAUGGAAAGUGAGUGUAUGCUUUUGAAUGCCUCCAUUAUUGAAGAUUUCAAAUGGGUAGAAUUGGAAUUUUUAGAA